UAUACAACCAAACCCUUUCUUGUAUUGGAAGUAGGUCCUCAAUAGUAAUCAUGACCUUUGAGCCACAACAUACACGUGUAUAGCCCAACUGGUCAUACAUAUCACCACUUCUAAGCUGGGCAGAAUAAUAAUAAAAAAAGCGCAACAACACACACACGUCCCUCCCACAAUGCCCUCUGAUCUUUUCAUCACAAAUCCCCGUCCCACCGCCGCGCCGAACGCAUACAAACAUACUGGCCGAGGCGGCGCAGGCAAUACCAUCCGCGUCCGCCCCAAAGACACCGCCGUCAAGACCUUGUCACCGACCACGCCACCGGCACCGACACCCACUCCCGCCGCGCCCGCUGCUUUGUCGUGUGCAUGUAAUACAGACCGUACACCAGGCAGGUUUCACACUGGCGUGGGCGGCGCGGGGAAUGUGCAUGCCGCAGGAGAGCGGGCUCCGAAUGUCAGCUUGGACGAGGAGAUACUGCGCGCUAGGGUCAGGGAGCUGUCUGGUGUUGGACAUCCUCAUCACGUCGGAGUUGGCGGCGCAGGGAAUGUGGUUCAUCGGGAGGAGAAAGCAGGGUGGAGGAAGGGGGCCAGUUCAGCUUGGGAUUUCAUACUCAAGCCUCAGUAAGCCUUAAAAGACUUUUUUGCUGGAUAUAAUAUGGGCUGGGCUUGUGAGGGUAAGGUGCCUACCUAAGGUACUUAAAAUGCCUCUAGAGCGAGCGAACUUGACAGGUCCGUUCGUCCAGUUGUACACGGCUUCGAGAGCCGCCUGUGGAUCGUCAUUCAGAACAACACAACCCCCAUGAAACGUAGCACGACGAUGGGCUGACGGAGGACAACAGAUA